CACACAGACAGUCGCGCACACCGACACACGCACACACGUCCCUCACUCGGCCUCAGUCGCUGCUGGAGAACGACACAGGUGACAACACUGCUCACACCUUCACCUGACACUCACCUGGAGGAGGAGCGGAGUCGAGGAGGACCAAGAUUAAUUACCCUCACCAUCGCACCUGACUCAUUACGUGUUCAAUUUAGAAAGUUAUGUGCUAAGGAUUUAAAUCAACUUGAUAAACUUUCACCGAGGACUUUACAACAGUGGAUUAUACUAAAGCUUGAUAGAAAUAAUAUAAAGGAUUAUUAAUUAAUACUCAGGUGUGUGAUUUACCUGUAUUGAGUGACAAAGUCGGUGGUAGUUGUUGUGGUGGAGGAAGGAGUGGGUGUGUGUGUGUGUGUGUACUGUUGGGGGUGACAUACGGAAGUUGGUACACCGACAGGAAGUAUAUACUGUAGAAGGCGCUGAAGAUGCUGUCUGUACUUAGCAUGACCGAGGGGCACCUAGAGGACGAAGGAGACGAUGGCCCACACGCCCACGAUGACGAUGAUCACAACCACGACAACCUGCCCCUCUCUAAGGCCGAGCUCAGGAAGAGUAACAAACCCAUCAUGGAGAAGCGGAGGAGGGCCAGAAUUAACACCUGCCUCGGCGAGCUUAAGAGUCUUAUCCUUGAUGCCAUGAAGAAAGACCCUGCACGACACAGUAAGCUGGAGAAGGCAGACAUCCUGGAAAUGACGGUGAAGCACCUACAGGCAGUACAACGGCAGCAGCUGGCCCUGGCUGUGGCACACGACCCUGCUGUGCUCACCAAGUUCCGCAGCGGCUUCACCGAGUGUGCCCAGGAGGUGACCAGGUAUGUGUCAAGAAUCGAGAGUGUGGACAAUGCUGUACGACAACGCCUUCUGCAGCACCUGGGUCAGUGUGUCUCUGGGCUGACGGCCAUGACCCCCAUGUCCUUCACGGCCAUGGCGGGGCUCCCGAUGCCUAUGGCCCACCUGCAGGGAAGCUCGCUCCCCCCAGGACCUCCCCCCACACUUCAGCAGGGCCCAGGGGAUGUCAACAAUAAUCAGGCGCGGCUGUUACAUGGUCUUGUUGCAGCCAGAUUAGCAGCUGCUGGGGACGCUGCAGGGGCAGCUCUCCUUUUACAUGGGGGUCUGUCUCUCCUGGCCCGCGUCGCACCGCACCCUCAACCCCCAACCCAGCCAACAGCACCUCCACAUCAAGGGGCAUCGACAGUGCCGCCUCCCCAAAAUGUGCCGCAGCCACCACAAGUUCUACAGUCUCCAGUUGUCAAAAUAAAUGAGGGUGCAUCAUCCUCCGGGGAGCGCCCCCUGCGGCCGUCUGCUUUCACAGCUGUGAGACGGGCCUCAUCCCCACCCAGAGCGCCUCUCGAAGUACACUCACGCCCACAGGAGACUUUAACAUCCAACCCCACCCAGCAGGUCGUAGCUCCCACAGCAAGAAGAUUCAUUGGAGGUCCAGAGACUCAUCCAGAGACAGUUGUUCGUGCACAGGUUGCCGUCCAGCCCGUGAACCUGACCAUGUCUGCCCCUCAGGACACCGAGGUUCGUGCACCACUUGACUUUUCCUUUAGAAAACGAACUUUAAAUAUACCAACACCGACUCAUCCUGCACCAACCCAUGUCACGACCACACACACGAUGCCUCCACACACUACCCCCAUACACAGUGACGUCAAGCAGAGCUUAAGCACACACUUGACACCUUCGCCGUAUGUCCCCGCCCUCACCCUGGCCACCAAAUACCAACUCACACAAAGUUCACAGACAGCAACCAUCAAGAGACCUUUGGAGGUGCAAGACACCUCUUGUUCUCGCCCAUCUAAGAUGAUAAAGACAGAAUAUUCCUCCCUGGCAGGACCCCCCAUCACUGUGCGUCUCGUACCUUCAGGUCACCCUGUAGACCCCUCACACGCGACGCCUCCCUCACACACAUCACCUCCCUCACACACAUCACCUCCCUCACACACAUCACCUCCCUCACAGUCCUAUGUAGAGAACCGGUCGAGGUGGUUCAUUCCCUGUGUCAGCCCACCCACCUGUGUGUAUCACUAA